AUGGCGCCGGGAGCCGCCGGGAUGCCAGAGCCCCGCUCCCUACGCCGCCAUUUUCCGACCGCGGGACGGGAAAAGUUUCUCCCGACGAUGGAGUCAUGUGGUGCGGGCGGAGCCAGCCCGGCCCGGCCCGCCGCCCCUCAGCGUCCCCGGCCCAGCCGCUCCGCACAAAGGCAGCGCCCGCCUUCUCUGGCCCUGGUUUUAGUCCGGGUGACUCCCGGCUUACUCCCGGUUAUGUCCCAGGUUAUUCCCUAUUUAGUUGUUUUAGAAAAUAAAGAGGAGCACACGUGGCUGCUCUUCACCAUGAAGAUGCCCACGUGGGUGACACAGAAGUGCUGGGGCCCUGAUGGUCAGAGGACAUGCACAGGCCUUCAGCAGGAGAGUGGUGUGCGGGGAAAAUCGAGCCCUACCAAGGAAUCUCUGCCUUCCCAAAACACAGCAUUGAUUUCACCAGCAAUCAUUGCACAGAUUGAUGAGGGUAAAGCCAAAAGAAGCCAGCCCUCUCUGCCUAUGCAGGCUCUGAUCCCCCAACCCAGAUCUUGUCACAUGAAGCCAUCGUGUCCUAACCAGGGCUCAGCCACCCUUAGCAGAACAUUUUUGGUGCUUCCCAGCCGAUUAGAGAUUCAGGCAUCCUUAGAAGGCACCAUGUCACCUUCGGACUGUCCCAGUGCAAACCAGUGUCCGAGCCAGCAGAGAGGCUUUGCCUCCAUCACUGUCACAGCCAGGCGUGUUCCUGUGGGCUCUGGAGACCUGACACGUGGCCCUGGGGCUGGCCAAGAUCCCAACACCGUGUCCCCCACGCCCAGCGCAGUCCCUGCUGUCCUCGAGCGCUGGCCUCCCCCAGCCCACGCAAACCAACCUCCUCUAAAGAUUUUCAAGUCUUGCUCAAAAUUAGGUGAAGAACCCCAAAAGCAGCUUUUUGACCCUGGAAUCAAGGAGGAUGGCUUGGGUCUUCAAAGCAGUGAUGGGAGGGGGAAAACGUCCCCUUCAUUCAUCUCCAGUGUCCAGCUCCAGGUGUCUCAGCCGUGUCCAAACACCAUCUAUUAUUUAGACAAGUCGCUCAAUGUGUGCAUUGACCAACCUCGAGUUAAAUGCCAAAAAAUGUACAGAUCCACGUUGUCCUUGAGCCUGAAGUGCAGUUUGUCCGGAUUAACAGCAGAUGGAGUAGAUGGCAUAGCUAAUGGAGAGCCCAUGGAUGAGAGAGCUCCAAGGAAGCUCCCAGGAGCAAACAGGGCUCCACUCAGAUUACACCUGAGCACAGACUUCAAGGGAAAUAAGGUAAUUAAGCAGGGGAAAAUAAAAGAAGGACAUUUGGGUAGUAAAUACCCUUUGCAAAGUGUCUUUGCCUCGGGGCUUCCAACAUUUGUGGAUAUUCCCAGAGGACCUCACAAGGCAGCAGCAGCGAAGGAAGAGGAUGAGCAGCCUGGCAGCCACCACACUGUGUUUUCCCUCCAAACUCCUAAUUCAAGCAAUGAGGCAGGAACACCAAUGCUGUUGGGAAGCAGGAAGACGAGCAGCACAACAGCCCCUGGCUCCCCUCCAGAUGCAGCCUCCAGAGAAACCAUUGCUGCUGCUACUGAUGGCUCAUCCAACAGGGCAGAGCCCUCCAAAGACACCUCCAAAUCCAAAGAGAUCCAAGCACAGGGUGUCCUGAAACCAAAAAUGUCUGUCUCCAGCAGUGUAUGCAACAUAAAGGCGUCAUCGAGAAUCCUCCAGGAAGAAAAUGUUCACGGGCAAAAGCAGCUCCUAAAAAGUGAUUGUGAAUUCCCUGGUUCGAGGGACAGAACAAAGGAGCUGGGGGCACAGGAGGAGCAGGAGCGAGGCAGGAGGGUGACACUGCCCAGGGUGACACUGCCCAGGGUGACACUGCCCGGGGUGACACUGCCCAGGGCCUGCUCUCCAGGUGUGACUUGGGAGAAAAACCUGCUCACCUGGCCACAGUCCAGCUCCCAGCUGGGGAAAAAUCCAGCAGCCCCAUGGACACUGCGGGAAGCCCUGGAGAUCCACAACCCCCAGUUCAUCUCCCGCUCCCAGAAGAGGCUGAGGAGGCUGGAGCUGAUGGUGCAGCUGAGGAGGGCUCAGCAGAGGGAGGCUCCUCCAGGCACCCCCCGAGCGCUCACCCGCAAGCUCUCCACACCCACUGCCAGCAGAAAGAAGCAAUUCACCAUCCCUGACCCUCUCAGUGAUAACCUCUUCAAGCCAAAGGAAAGAGUCAUUCCCGAGAAGGAGAUGCACAUGAGAUCUAAAAGGAUUUAUGACACUUUACCUGAGGUGAAAAAGAAACAAGAAGAGAAACAGAAGCGGAUCAUCAUCCAGAGCAACAGGCUGCGUGUGGAGAUGUUUAAAAAGCAAUUACUGGACCAGCUCCUUCACAGAAACACAGAGUGA